UCACUGAUUGAGUAUUUAAAUUAGUUGGUGAUUUAUAGACGCUACCAUGAAAGGAGUAGCGUUGUUGAUUUUGUUGCUGGUAGCUUUUACAGCUUCACAAGAGGAAUUGCCUCUGGCAGAUACUUGUGAUCCAGAAGCUUGCCAGCUGCCAGAUUGCAGAUGUUCAGGCACAUCAAUUCCUGGAGGGUUACAAGCUAGAGAUACUCCUCAGUUCGUCCUCCUCACUUUCGAUGAUGCGGUUAAUGUCGUCAACAUUGAAACCUACAGAAACACCAUCUACAACCGUAGAAACCGCAACAACUGUCCCGCUGGAGUUACCUUCUACGUCAACCAUGAGUACACCGAUUAUCAACUCAUCAAUGAGCUCUACAACAAUGGCUUUGAAAUCGCCUUGCAUUCUGUCAGCCACAUGACCAAUCAGACGUAUUGGCAAGAAGCGACAUAUGAGGAUAUGACCAGGGAAUUUGGCGAUCAAAUUAUCCAGAUGGCUCAUUUUGCUAACAUCCCCAGUGAUUCUAUUAAAGGAGUACGCAUUCCCUUCCUUCAAAUGACUGGUAAUGCAAGUUUCCAAGUCAUGGCUGACUUCAACUUGGAAUACGACUGCACCUGGCCUACUGUCUCCCACAUCAACCCUGGACUUUGGCCUUACACCCUGGACUACGCUUCUAUCCAAGACUGUAUCAUCCCUCCGUGUCCUAGCGCUUCUAUUCCUGGGCCCUGGGUCAUACCUAUGAUCACGUGGAGGGAUUUAAAUGAUACUCCCUGUUCCAUGGUUGACAGCUGCCUUGCUGUUCCUAGCACCGAAGAAGAGUGGUUCCAGUUCAUCCUGAGGAACUUCGAACGCCACUACUUCGGCAACCGAGCUCCUUUCGGGUUCUACAUCCACGAGUGGUACAUCAGGGCCUCCGUGAACCCUCACGUUGGCAGAGCCUUGAUCAGGUUCUUGGAUUUGAUCAACACUCUCUAUGACGUCUUUAUGGUUAACUCCCAGGAAGUGAUUGACUGGGUCAAGAACCCGGUGCCUCUCGAGGAGUACAUCCAGAGACCCUGCAAGACCUACGUGCCCACCUUCUGCCCCCCAGCCACUUGCCCCGUGGUAGCCGAGCAUAACGAGAACACCUACUGGAUGUCUAUCUGCAACGUCUGCCCACGAGUCUACCCAUGGCUCGGCAAUCCUCUUGGACAGUAAUUUAAUUAGUGAUAGUUCAAUUCAAUGUGAUAUUUAUUAAUUAGAGCGUAAAUUCCAAACAGCAAAUUACUUACUUAUCUGAAAUAACUUCAUCGACAGGCAUGUAUAAAUCAUUGUAAUUAAUAAAUUUUAUAAGAAAGUCA